CUGGAUUCCGAGAAGGUAGCUGCUCUGAUUCAGAAACUGAACUCCGACCCCCAGUUCCUUCUGGCGCAGAAUGUGGGGACCACGCACGACCUGCUGGACCUGUGCCUGCGGCGCGCCACGGUGCAGGGCGUGCAGCACGUGUUCCAGCACGCGGUGCCGCAGGAGGGCAAGCCCGUCACCAACCAGAAGGGCUCAGGGCGAUGCUGGAUCUUUUCUUGUCUGAACGUUAUGAGACUUCCACUCAUGAAAAAAUUAAAUAUUGAAGAAUUUGAGUUUAGUCAGUCUUAUCUCUUUUUCUGGGACAAGGUUGAACGCUGUUACUUCUUCUUAAAUGCUUUUGUGGACACAGCCCAGAAAAAGGAACCUGAGGAUGGUAGGCUGGUGCAGUAUUUGCUCUCGAAUCCUGCAAAUGAUGGUGGACAGUGGGAUAUGCUUGUCAAUAUUGUUGAAAAAUAUGGUGUUAUUCCUAAGAAGUGCUUCCCUGAAUCCCAUACAACAGAGGCAACCAGAAGGAUGAAUGAUAUUCUGAAUCACAAGAUGAGAGAAUUCUGUAUACGACUACGGAACCUCGUACACAGUGGAGCAACCAAAGGAGAAAUCUCAGCCACACAGGAUGCCAUGAUGGAGGAGGUCUUCCGAGUGGUGUGCAUCUGUUUGGGUAACCCACCAGCGACCUUCACCUGGGAGUACCGGGACAAAGAUAAGAAUUAUCAGAAGAUCGGCCCCAUCACGCCCGUGGAGUUUUACCGGGAGCACGUGAAGCCACUCUUCAACAUGGAGGAUAAGAUUUGUUUAGUGAAUGACCCUCGGCCCCAGCACAAGUACAACAAACUUUACACGGUGGACUACUUAAGCAAUAUGGUCGGAGGGAGAAAAACUCUAUAUAACAACCAGCCCAUUGACGUAUUGAAAAAGAUGGUUGCUGCCUCCAUCAAAGACGGAGAGGCUGUGUGGUUUGGCUGUGAUGUUGGAAAACACUUCAAUAGCAAGCUGGGCCUCAGUGACAUGAAUGUCUAUGACCAUGAGUUAGUGUUUGGUAUCUCCCUGAAGAACAUGAACAAAGCUGAGAGGUUGACGUUUGGUGAGUCACUUAUGACCCACGCCAUGACCUUCACUGCCGUCUCAGAGAAGGAUGACCAGGAGGGUGCAUUCAUGAAAUGGAGAGUGGAGAAUUCAUGGGGUGAAGACCAUGGUCACAAAGGUUACCUGUGCAUGACUGACGAGUGGUUCUCUGAGUAUGUCUACGAAGUGGUGGUGGACAGGAAGCAUGUCCCUGAAGAGGUGCUGGCUGUGCUGGAGCAGGAGCCCACUGUCCUGCCAGCCUGGGACCCCAUGGGGGCUUUGGCCAAGUGAUGCUGCCGGCACUUCCCUCCGCCCGUGAAACCUGGAGCAGCUGCAAAGGACAGAUCCAGGAACUGAAGCCAAAGUUACACAGGUGACUGUGCCCCCACAGGACACAGUCAGACUCUUGGAUUUCUCCUCCAGGAACCUCUCGGGGAAGCGCGCUUUAUGUUGAAACAAAUAUUCUUAAAGAAAAUAAAGGGAAAGAUCAGGUUACACUAUCUGUUCUCCUCAUCUCCCAGCAGCUCAGGAUCGCUUCGCAUUUUAAUCAGCUGUAAUUGUUUGUCUUAACUCUGUCAAAAGGUUUGGUUCGGUGUCUUUUAACAGGACAGGAGUGGAUGAGCAGUUGAGGAUGGAGAGAGGACGGGCCUGAAGCUCCUUGUUCCUAGAGUAGAGUUGGGGGAGGGUCACCCUAUGAUUUGAGCUCUCAGAACUGCAUGCUGCCUGACAGUGUCACUGUCCCUUCUGGAUGGCAGUCACUGAAUUCUGUUUUUUCACGGUAUUUUAUGUGCCUCUAAUAGCCCAGGGUGAGAGGUUGAUCGAGUCCGACAUUCCUUCCUCCUGCUCUGAACUGGGGAGGGGGGGGGGACCACAGGCUACUUGAGUCGGGGUUAAGCAGAGGCUUAGAGAAAGUCGGGUGAGAGAAUGACCCGGACCUUAUCAUGAUCUGAAUUAUUAUUAGGAGGUGCUCUAGCCAAAUGGUGUAACUUCUGCCUCUGGGAUUUGGAGCUGGGUGGCAGGAAGCGGUGAACCCAUUCUUUCUGACAACUAGAUGGUGCUGAGAAGCUUUUGAAUAAAACUCUUUGUUAAAUGAGA